UAGGCAAGCCUCUAGCAUAGGAUUAACAAUCAACAUUUCGAUUUCAAGGCAAACCCUAGUGAAACUAACAUUGAAGACUUUACAUAUAUUAGCGAACGAGAGUAGAAAUGGCCAACACAGGACGUUUUAAGGACCGCAGCCCGGAUAUCCGUCCAGCUGGGUUGGCCUCGGUGCUGGAACCGGACAAUUCGACCGGCACUUGCAUGACCAUCUCGCACAUCGAGGAGCUGGCCGAGCAUCUGAUACGGCAGGACUGCAAGCGCAGGCAAUUGAAGAAUGCGGGCCUGCUGUAUGCAGAGGCGCCGUGCCUACCGAACGUCAGUGUGCCGGAGCUGAUGGCCAUGGAGAAGUCCAAGUCACGUUUCAUGAUGUUCAAGGAGAAAAUGUCCGAGGAUAUGUACCUCAAGCAGGCCAGGCUCGGCGAGGUGAUGCCCACCGGCUCCAAGCCCGACCAUAUUAACAAUUUGAACACCACAUUCGGCUGUGAGACCAACUCGAGUGGCGGCGUCUACGAUAUCAUCUUGCCGCGCAAGCCGGCGGAGCAAGUGAAUCGUGAAUUUGGCAAGUUUCACGACAAAUACAUCCUCAGUCACAAUCACUAUUUUCCCUCGGAGCAAGUGAAUCGCAGGUACAAGGCGCCCUUUGACAGGCGGCUCACCUAUGGCGCUGCCUACAAUGUCGACGUUACGGGCAAGAUGGUGAAGCGUUGCAUGCAGCAGUGCGCCGGAAAUGUGAUCAUUAUUAGCAAGGAGCAAAUGGACUUUAUAGAUCGCACCUAUCCGCGUCUGGGCAAAAAGUUAAAGAAAUAUCCCUAUUCAGUGCCCCAGCAUAUGACCUUUGGCAGGCCAUCCCCCCAGGACCUGUGCGACGGCAAGAUGCUCAUCGAGGACAUAUCGCCAUGCCAGAGCAACAAGCAUCUGAUCGACGCCUUGGGUCAUCUCAACAUGUGGCGCCACAAGCUGCAGCUGCGCGCCGACUUCCAAAUGUUCGAUCUCAUCUCGGUGCUGGAGCACAGUGACAAGGAGCAGACGCGUCAUCUGCCGCUGACGAAGAUCUUCGAGGUGAUGCACAAGAUGCAUCUGUAUAUCGAUAUCUACAAGAUGCGCACCACUCUCUCGCAUUUCAAGAUGAUCCUCGACGAGAACUGCCCCAACGAGCGGGUGAACUACGACACGUUCUGUCAGUUGCUCAACAUACAGCAUCCGCUGCCCACGACGGGCAAUAUCUCAAUGAUGCCGCCGAAUAUCUACAACAAGGAUACCACCUAUCGGUUGCUCUGCGCCGAUCUUGGCAAGACGCCGGUGGAGGCGGCGCCGUUGCUGAAGAAGAGCCCCAAGAAGACGGAUGAAGACAAUACUCAUGUCAAAGAUCUGCUCACGCCGAAUAUAGCGACGCUGCAUGGUCUGCUGCCCAGCGAUUUUGAGAUGUUGCGACCCAGGGACCAUUUAGAGGAAAUAUUUAAGGACAUUGUCAGCGAUGCAGACUUUGAGACGAUAUGGCAGCAGCUUAUGAAUACACACAGGGAUCAGGAUGGCCUGGUCUCUAUAGAUCAGUUCCGCGAUGUCAUGGAGAAUACCGAGCUAGCCGGCCAGACAGCCAAUGCAUAGAAGAAC